AUGGCCGCUACUGCAACAGUGACCCGUACCAAGACCGCCACCAAGGCCGCCAACCAACGGACCAAAAAAGCAGACAAGGCCGACAAGCCGAAGCGUCCCCCGUCAGCGUACAACCUCUACGUCCGAGCCCACAUGAAGCCCUGGCUCGAGCAGCACCAGGGAUCGACCAACAAAGACGCGAUGGUCGCGAUCGGCGCCAUGUGGCGGGAUGCUCCUGAAAACCCCAAUCGCGGUAAAGCGCCAGCAGCCAGGAAGCCCAAAAAGAGCGCGAACGCGCAAGGAAACAAACUCGGCGGCGGCAAGGACGUUGCUGGAACGUCCAGCUGCGUCGAACAGGACGAUGACUUGUCUCUGCACCAGUUCGAUGGCUCGGACUGAUUCGCACGUCCGGGCAUCACUUUCCGGCGCCUGGCAACCUCUGGCCCCAAAGCAAUGCAUACAUCCAGCAAAUUUUGAAGACGUAUAUUGCCCCGUCUGCCUCGUUUCUUGACCCCGUGACGGUCGACAUCUGCUAUUGUGCUUCUACUGGUCCGCGUAAUUGGGAGCCACCUACCUACCUUGGCUUCUGUGCUAUUUAGUCUGGU